CUAAUACAUAAUACUUCCCGUGUUUUAUAUGAUUAAAACAAAAUAGUCCUACAACUUACAAUUUUAACAGUCUGCAAUGAAGUGGAUAUUGUACAUUACUUUGGUGGAAUUUUGUCAUUGUUACGAGCUUGAAAGAAAGAGGUUACGACUGCAGAACUCAAAACAACGAUGAUCAAAUAAAAACAAAGAUUUCUAAAUAAGAGAAGAGGUUGAAUUGAAAUAAAACAAACUAUGACAUCAAGAGGUCUUACUCAAAGGCAACUGAAUUUUGCGCGUGUUUCAAAGGUUUGCAUUGAUAUUAUAAAACUGCCCCUCGAGGACAUUUUAAAUAUAUUCAUCAAGCCUACAGAGCUGAUCAAGAAUAUAAAAGCCUGUCAAUCACUACUUACUGGAAAAUUCAGACUUAAUCAGGAUCAAAACACAAAGUGUUGCUUUAACUCAACAAAUGUACCUGAUUACCGUACGUUUGAUGUUAGCUUGCUUUACAAACUGAUACGAAAUUUAUGUCCGGAUCCGUCAUUGGGGCCAACAAAUAAAUGGGGAAAAACACCAACAAAAAAAGAUAUGUGUGUCGUAGACGAUAUCGAAAGAAUUAGACACCUAAGAAACGAAUCAUUUGCGCAUGCAGAUUCAGCAGAAAUUUCGGACGACGAUUUCAAGGAAUUCUGGCAUGAAGCAAAGUGUAUGAUUCAAAGAUGUCAACAAUUUACGACAACUAGAGGAUGUAAAACUGAUUACAUUAAAAUGCUUGUAGAGUUAGAAAGAAAACAUUUGACUUUUAAUGAGUAUAUUUCCUGUAGAAAACGUUCCAGAGCAAUUUACAUAUUGGGGAAUACACACGUACGUUGUGGAGAAACAGCUUGUUUUGAAGCUGAAAUUACAUUAGAAGAAGAUGUUGAUUUGCCAGUUAGCUGGCACAGAGUGGACGGAUUGGUUACGAAACAAAUAAACAUAGAAGAUGAUAAGUACAAGGGAAGUGACGAUAGACAGCUCCAAAUCCACAACGUGUGUAAGGAUGAUGAAGCACGAUAUAAAGCAGUUAUUUCAAGAAGUGCAGAUGUCAACAUAUCGAGCAAUGAAGUUUACCUACGCCCAAUGGGAGAACCACCAUGUUUAGAGGACUUGGUUGUCACAUCAAAAACAGAAGAAUUAUAUAUUCACUAUGUGUUUAGAGUCUUGGGUAACUCUCCAAAUGUCAAAGAGAUAAAAUGGACACAGAAUGCAUCGGUGUUAGAUUUGUCAAACGAUAAAUAUCAUGGAGGAGGAUUAGCGGAUAAUUGUAUUAAAAUUUUGAGUCCAGGUGAAGAAGACAAGGGAGAAUAUACCUGUACAGUUUCAAAUGCUGUUGGAUCCGUUUCAAAGAGUGUGAAUUUAGACAUACCUAGUGCACAAAUACUUUCAACGUCGAAUUCGAAGGUCAUCUGUGGAUCAGAUACUAGAUUCGACUGUCGUGUAUCUGGAUGUCCUCUUCCUGACAAAGUGGAAUGGCAGAAAAGUCUUGACGGAACAACUUUUAAUCAUGUUGAUAUCUACGAGAGGAAAUAUUUUGGAAGUAGUACUGAUCCACGUUCUCCGUUUUUACUUUUAUGGCAAACUACUUUAAAUGACCAACAAUAUUAUCAGGUCGUUGUAUGGAAUUUAAUGGGAAAGUGCACGAGCAAUAAGUAUUUCCUACAAAUUACAGGAGAUCGACCAAACAUAUCUGAAGGAACAUGCACCUUACAAGGUCACGCAGUCAAACUGAGAUGUGAUGUCUUUCUUUAUGACGAAUCGCCUACUUUAACUGAUGUGUAUUGGACUAAAGACGACAUUAAGCUUAACAUUGGCGGAAGCGGUGGGAAAUAUUUGAAAGUGGAUGUAAAUAACCAAUCACUGAUAAUCAACAACGUCAAUUAUAAUGACGCUGGAGAUUAUAAACUUAUUGCUAUCAACGCGGUUGGGGAGACUAGGAGCAAAGGAAUUGUUCUAGGUGUUCCAGAGAUUCUUUUAGAAGAACCUUUUUGCGAGAAAAAAGAAGAUGGAAGCCAGUGGCUUACGACGACAAUUAAAUCAGUACCAGUUCCGCAUGUUGUGAAAUGGAGCAUAAAGGAAAACGGUUCAAACAAUUAUCAAGCAAUCAAUGUUAGUGCUGAAGAAUAUAAUGGAACAACAAGUACUUUUCCCCACCCUGUGUUAGUUAUAAAACAUCCAGAAAAUCUAGAAAAUUGCACUUUAAAAAUAGAGGCCAAAAACCGAAUCGGAAAGGUAGAAAUGAUGAUUCCAGGUAAAAUAUGUCAAGACAGUCUGAAGAGAAAACAAAAACGUCCUGGCAAGUUUCACAUGGAUGGUGGAUCUCGUGUUCCGAUUAGCAAAUUGCUUAAUCACCUAGCAGAGAAAUUCCCUACAGAAAAGAUUAAUCAACUAAAAUUUCUCAUUCGAGCAUCCUGCAAUAUUAAAGAACAUACAAAAUUAAAUCAAGCAACAACUGCAGCAGAUUGUUUUUUGGUUCUUUUGGAAGAAGAGAUUAUUACCGCAUCUAACGUCAUUGCUAUGCAGUUUUUACUUGAAGAAACAAAAUGUGAAGAACUUGAAAGGAUAUUGGUUGAGUAUGCUAAGAAGAGGAAAGUAAUAUAUUAUUACGAGAAGCCAUCAGAAAACGGAUUUAAAAACGUUCGUUUCCACAUAGAUGCAAAUUUACAUCAUUUUAGUUUCGAAGAUGAAACCAAAAUGAAAGAAACCGUCGCCAAUAUAGUUGGAUGUUCUAUAGAAGACGUCAGGGUUAAUGGAUAUAUCCGCUCGACAAGUUUUUUUAUAGUUUUAUCGAUCAGAGGAAUUUACAUUGAUAAACUAUUUAGUAUAGAGGAACAUGACAAAGACAAACUUAGAAAAUUGAACAUCGACUUUUUUGAAGAUGACUUUUGCACAAUAAGCUUGAAAGGAACAACAGGCGAACAAAAACUGAAAAGACGCACGUCAGACAGCAUACCACAUGGCGAGCCAAAACAAAAGAGAAGUGCAUUACAAUACAAAGCAGAUGAGAAAACUAAUUUGAAGAAACGCGGUCCAGACAAAAAACUGGAUGGUGAACCAACACCAAAGAGAAGUGUGUCACAUAACAAAGCAGAUGGUAAAUAAAAUAGGGUUGACUGUUAAAAUCAAUGCUAUUUCCAUUAAUUACAUUUAACUGUUUUUGAUUGCGUGCAAAUAAGACAAUUAUCAGAAGUGAGUCUAUAGGGGUUUAAAUGUGGCCCUAAACAAUACAAACUAACAUCUCUGUCACUGGGGUGAAUGUCACGCUUGCAACUGAUAUGGUGUUUAGAUAAUUAUCUUCUCAUUAAUGUUUAGGUUUUAGCGCACCUAAAUUGAAGAUAAAAGUGAGCUUUUCUGAUCACUUAUCCGUCGUCAGUCCGUCUGUACACAUUUCACAUUUUUUACUUCCUCUCUGGAAGUACUGAACCAAAUUUAACCGAACUU